AUUAAUUUUUUAAAAGAUUAUAUAAACCAUGUUACCAUCAAACUACUCUAUUCUCCAACACCAAUGGGAUACAUACUACAAUUUGGAACAAAUGGAAUUACAAAUGGAGCUCUUAGGAAUACAUCAACAACAAUCAGCACCAUUAUAUCGACGCUUUACUGAAUUAUACGGUCAUUCACCAUUAUGGUUACCAUUAACAUAUCGACCAAUGCAACCUCGUUUAGAAAAACCACCGUAUUCAUAUAUCGCAUUAAUUGCAAUGGCAAUUAAUUCCGCACCUAAACGACGAUUAACAUUAAGUGGUAUUUAUAAAUUUAUUAUGGAUCGCUUUCCAUAUUAUCGCGAUAAUAAGCAAGGAUGGCAAAACUCUAUAAGACAUAAUUUAAGUUUAAAUGAUUGUUUUGUUAAAGUACCACGUGAUAAAACUGCUAAUAUUGAACCGGGGAGUUGUGGUAAAGGUAGUUAUUGGAUGAUGGAUCCAACGGCGAUUAAUAUGUUCGAAAAAGGCAAUUAUCGACGACGAAGAACACGAAAACAAUUACAUAAUGGUGUGAAAUGUUCGAAACCUUCAAUAGAUAAAAUUGGUUCCUCGUCAACUUGUGAUACCUCAAAUAGAACACAAUCAUCUAGAACACAAUCAUUAGUACGAAAAUCAGAAGAUUUACCAUCAGAAACUACUCCCUCUACAGUUAAUACCAACAAAUACAAUAAUGAACAAUUAAUCAAUUUAAAUAAAAAUCCAAAAGGCUAUAACGAUUAA